AUCACACCUUCCUUAUCCAAGGGAAAUGGCGGGAUCUUAAAGAUGAACCUCCCCCCCUCUCUCUCUGCUCAAGCCCUGCAAAUCCCCUGCUUCUUCUUCCAUAGCCAUGGCUGCUCUAACUCCCACUCGAAGCUUUUCUCAUCAAUCCCCGCUACUCCCGCAGCCGCUCAUCGUCCUCCAAGAAGCAGAUCUUCGAUCCGAGUAGUAGCAGCAGCAAGAGGGGAGGCUUUCAUUUUAGUUGAAUGGUGUGUAUGGGUCCGUCUGGAAAACUGUUUUCCACUCCAUUUUCUUUUCUUUUCCCUUUCAAAUUCCUUGAACCAAACAUAGUGUUAGACUUCGGAUAUCGAAGGACAGACGAAUUUGUUUACAACACGUUACCCUUAUUAAUCACUUUGUUUCAUCUUUUCGGUGUGGUCCAGGUGCAUUAUCGUUAUGAUACGAUUGAUUGUCACAACACAAUGGUUUCUAUAGAAUCCAACAUUUGAACUCCCAGGAAAGCUCAUUAGAAUCUUAAUUCUUCCGAAAUGUCGACCUGAUUGGAGUCCAAGAUGUGAAGAUAUUUAAGUAAAUCUUAUUGAGGAUGUAGUCCCACAUCGUACACCUAGGCUAACAAAGGGUAACAAAAAUAAGAGUAUGAGUUACUCCUCCCAAUUGAUUUUGGGUUGGAAGCUCAUAAUUCUAGAAAUUAUAAUUGAAAUAUCUGGUGUGAAAAUUUUCUUGUAAAAUCUUCGAGGAUUAAGUUUACCACUGCCCUGCAUUGUUACGAUACACGCGAGAAAGUAUCUAGGGACCACUUAGGUGGGGAUUUUCUCGAAGUGCUUCACAGACAUGUCUGGGGUGUCCAUAGUCCGAAACUUUUGGUCUCUGGGCUUCAAGCCUUCAAUGUUGUUUCGUAUUAGGGCUCUAAUUAUUUAAUGGACCGGUUGGAUCUAUCAAACAAUUAAUAAUGUUUUAACAACUUUUUCAUGUUUGAUACAAUCAUGUCAAAUGAAUUGCAGUUGCAGACGACUUAGAAAGAUCUAAUUAUAAGUGUGCUACUGCUUAUGAUGAGGGCGAGAGUGAAAGAUCUGAAACUGACAAGCUGGUUGAUGGUAUGGAUUUCGGAGAACUUUGCAAUGAGUUUGAAUGCUUUAGCAGUCCUUCCGUUGAAGCUACUGCAAGGCUUCUUGUUCGAGACAUAUUGGAGCUUCGUGACGAUAGCCGCUCUUUUGCCACAUAUGCCAUUUCGGUCCAAUAUAAGCUACACAACAAAUUGCAGGAUCCAGUCCGGAAUAUCACUGGUCGAGAAAAGUACAAGAGGCCCCUAUGGGUAAAAGAUGCCAUGGAAAAUCCCACAUCUAAUGUGCAAGAAAUGGUGAUGUUGUCAACCAGUGUCUUGAACAUCAAGUGGACAGUUAAAGGGAAGCCCAAGCCUGCAUUAGCCGCUACUAUAGGAGGCGAUCUGACCAUCAAAGUUGAUUCCAAAUUCACUCUUAACCAAAUCAGUGGACAAGUGAUUGGGUAUGAAGAACUGUGGGACUUAUCUGCUUCGUCUAUCAUUGCUCAAACGUGUUUUUUGAUGUCGCGCCGACUAUCCGCAAGCAUUGAGGCUGGGAAGGACACGUUCGACUUCGUGAAGGAUUUCACAAGAAGGUUUACAACAGAAAACGAAAGCAUGGAAGUCGAUCCUGAGAGCUCUGGUGAUCCAACAAAGUUUUUCCUGUGGGACGAUCAAGGAGGAGACUUGUAUCAAAUUGCACUAUUUUUAGCACUUGUGUAUUUUGUUGUACAGGUUCUAAGGACAACCCUAUAAGUCUUUCUAUUUCUACAAAUGUCAAUGCUUCUUUUCUUAUAAGGACUUGUAUCAAUAUUUUUUUUUCUUGUAAAAUUUUAAUACUUUUAAGAAUAUAGUAUUUCAGAGUACUCUGUAUAUGUAAAAUAAGAGGGUGUUUGGUAG